AUGGAGGACGAAGAAUGCCCUAAGCAGAAGUAUUAUGACGUGCAACGGGAACUCUCGCGUCUCGAUACGCGGCCCUUAUUGACGCUGUUCUUUUCGGACGCUCGUCUUGCUGCUUUAAACGGCUUCCUUAACAGAGAGGGGCUUAUGUAUAGCCACCU